AGAAUUUGGAAACUCCAACACUGGCAACCUUUACAUAUUCGAGUUUUUUACACGUCAAAGACCGUGUAGCGCAAGCAAUUACGAUAGCCUAAAAGCCAGUUUCCUCACUCUCUCCUAUCUAUCUGCAUAUAUAUUUGCCAUUCUACACUUCUCUCCCUACAUUUUAAGGACUUUCUAAAACACGAAAAUGGUGUCCAUGUUGAGGAAACAAGAAGAAUUGUUGUCCAAGAUUGCAAGCGGCAACGGACAUGGUGAAAACUCUCCAUAUUUUGAUGGUUGGAAGGCAUAUGAAACUGAUCCGUAUCAUCCCACCGAGAAUCCCAAUGGAGUCAUCCAGAUGGGUUUAGCUGAAAAUCAGCUUUGCUUUGAUUUAGUUCAAGAUUGGCUCUUAAGCAACCCAGAAGCCUCUAUUUGCACUGCUGAAGGUGUAAAUUAUUUCAGGGAUAUUGCCAUCUUUCAGGAUUAUCACGGCUUGCCAAAGUUCAGAAAUGCUGUUGCAAAUUUUAUGGCUAAAGUGAGAGGGAAUAAAGUCAAAUACGACCCUGACCGCAUUGUUAUGAGUGGAGGAGCAACCGGAGCACAUGAGACGGUUGCCUUUUGUUUGGCCGAUCCCGGUGAAGCAUUUUUGGUGCCUACUCCUUACUAUGCAGGAUUUGAUCGAGAUUUGAGAUGGAGAACAGGAGUUCAACUUUUUCCAGUUGUGUGUGACAGUUCUAACAAUUUCGAGAUUACAAGAGAAGCCGUGGAAGCAGCAUAUGAAAAAGCUCAAGAAGAUAACAUCAGAAUAAAGGGUUUGCUCCUCACCAAUCCAUCAAACCCUCUGGGAACUUAUUUAGACAGAGAAACACUAAGAAGUCUAGUGAGCUUCAUCAAUGAAAAGAACAUCCACUUAGUCUGUGACGAGAUUUAUGCCGCCACAGUCUUCAUGGGCCAACCUGAUUUCAUCAGCAUCUCUGAGAUAAUAGAGGAAGACAUUCACUGCAAUCGUAAUCUCAUCCACAUUGUUUACAGUCUUUCAAAGGACAUGGGAUUCCCAGGCUUUAGGGUCGGAAUUAUUUACUCUUACAACGAUAAAGUUGUGAGUUGCGCCCGCAAAAUGUCUAGCUUUGGACUUGUGUCAUCACAAACUCAACAUCUCAUUGCAUCAAUGUUAUCAGAUGAUGAAUUCGUUGACAGGUUUAUUACCGAGAGUGCUAAAAGAUUAGCAGAAAGGCACAGGGACUUCACUUGGGGACUAUCUCAAAUGGGCAUCAGUUGUUUGAAAAGCAAUGCGGGUCUAUUUUUCUGGAUGGAUUUACGCCAUCUCCUCAAGGAGCAAACUUAUGAUGGAGAGAUGGAGCUGUGGAAAGUGAUAAUCAACGAAGUUAAACUAAAUGUUUCUCCUGGUUCUUCUUUUCAUUGUGCUAAUCCAGGAUGGUUCAGGGUUUGUUUUGCGAACAUGGAUGAUGAGACCAUGAACAUUGCUUUAUCAAGAAUUAGAAGCUUCAUGAGUAAGUAUAAGGAGGCAAAGAUGCCUGUGAAGAAACUGUGCUGGCAAAGAAGUCUCAGACUCAGCACUUCAUUCAGGAGAUUGGACGAUACGCCAUGCAUGUCUCCUCAAUCACCUCUUGUUCGAGCCAGGACUUAAUUAAUUAAGGUGCAAUAAUCUCUGCGCCGCGUGCAUAUUCAGUCACGUGUAAAGAUUUAUGAUUGACGCAUACAAUUUUUUUGUUUUUCUGUAGUAUUCCAAUUUUUCUGCUCCUAAGAGAUGGGUUUCAUUCAUUCUAAAUAAUCAGAGUUGUAACCUUUAUGAUGUAGUCUCUGCAUCAUAUGGGAUUUUUUUUCUGGUUCAUGCAUACUUCUUCUGUCCAAUGUCGUUUUUUGAGUGUAUUUUGUACUUUCUUCAGU